AUGUCACAUCUUUCAACAAGUUCUCCUGAAACUGAAUCAUUUAUUUCUCAAUCAAAUAAAACAACAGUAAUUCCAAUAAAUGAUUCAAAUAAUUCUAUAAUAAUAUCAGAUGAAAAAUUUGAACGAUUAUUAGAUCGAAUAAAAAAUUCGAAUGAAACAACAAAAUCUCAAAUUGCAAAUCCAGGUGCACUUGGACUUGCUGGAUUUGCAUUAACAACAUUUAUACUUUCAGUAUUUAAUGCUGGAGAAUAUUUAAUUAAUAUUAAAUUAGAACCAGUUGUUUUACCAGUUGCUUUAUUUUAUGGUGGAUUAGCUCAAUUACUUGCUGGUAUGUGGGAAUUUAAAUUAAAUAAUAUAUUUGGUGCAACGGCAUUUACAAGUUAUGGAGCAUUUUGGAUGUCAUUUGCUGGUUAUGUUCAUAUUAUUUUACCAAAAUUAAAACAUAUUGCAAAUAUUAAAAAAGCUACAGGUCUUUUUCUUUUAGCUUGGUUUAUUUUUACUCUUAUUAUGAAUAUUGCAGCAUCAAAAAUAUCAAAAUUUUUAUUCACUUUAUUUACAAUAUUAACUAUAACAUUUUUAUUAUUAGCUAUUGGAAAUCUUUCAAAUUCAUCUUUAAUUAUUAAUAUUGGAGGAUGGUGUGGAAUAAUAACAGCAUUUAUAGCUUGGUAUGGUUGUGCUGCAAUUGUUAUUAAUUCAGCUUUUAAAAAAUCUCUUUUACCUCUUGGACUUUAUGCGUAA